CCCGGACCUCGCGAGGCACCGCCCUUCAGCUGGCGUUCCCUGAUUGGCUACUGCUCGCGCGGUCUCCUGGGUGACGGGAACGCGGUGGCCUUCUUGGAGGAGACUGGGUGCGCCUGCGCACUCGCAAGCCUCGCGCGGCAGCUCAAGCCUUGAGAUGAAGCGUGUUUUCACACUGCUCGAAAAGACUUGGCUUGGCACACCAAUAUGGUUUACCUGGCAAAAAACAUCAGGAAACUACCUUGCAGUAACAGGAGCUGAUCACAUUGUGAAAAUCUUUGAUCGCCAUGGUCAACAAAGAAGUGAAAUUAACUUAUCUGGUAACUGUGUCGCUAUGGAUUGGGAUAAAGAUGGAGAUAUCCUAGCAGUGAUUGCUGAGAAAUCCAGUUACAUUUAUCUAUGGGAUGCCAACACAAAUAAGACCAGCCAGUUAGACAGUGGCAUGAGGGAUCAAAUGUCUUUCCUUCUUUGGUCAAAAUUUGGAAGUUUCCUGGCUGUUGGAACCGUUAAAGGGAAUUUGCUUAUUUAUAAUCGUCAGACGUCGCGAAAGAUUCCUGUCCUUGGAAAACAUACUAAGAGAAUCACAUGUGGAUGUUGGAAUGCAGAAAAUAUGCUUGCUUUAGGUGGUGAAGAUAAAAUGAUUACAGUUAGUAAUCAGGAAGGUGACACGAUAAGACAGACACCGGUGAGAUCAGAGCCCAGCGACAUGCAGUUUUCCAUGAUGAAGACUGAUGACCGGACCUCUGCCGCUGAAAGCACGAUAAGUGUAGUUGUUGGCAAGAAAACUUUGUUUCUUUUUAAUCUGAGUGAACCAGACAACCCAAUUGAUCUGGAGUUUCAGCAGCAGUAUGGCAACAUUGUCUGCUAUAGUUGGUAUGGUGAUGGCUAUAUCAUGAUUGGUUUUUCACGUGGCAUUUUUGUGGUCAUUUCCACUCAUGUUCGAGAGAUCGGUCAAGAGAUAUUUCAGGCUCGUGAUCAUAAGGAUAGUCUCACCAGUAUUGCCGUAUCACAGACCCUUAACAAAGCUGCUACAUGUGGCGAUAACUGCAUUAAAAUCCAUGACUUGGCAGACUUAAAAGACAUGUAUGCUAUCAUCAACCUGGAUGAUGAAAAUAAAGGGUUGGGCACCUUGUCCUGGACAGACGAUGGCCAGUUGCUGGCACUUUCUACCCAGAGGGGCUCGCUCCACGUUUUCCUGACCAAGCUCCCCAUCCUGGGCGAUGCCUGCAACACCAGGAUUGCGUAUCUCACCUCCCUCCUCGAAGUCACUGUGGCCAACCCCGUUGAAGGAGAGCUACCGGUCACAGUUUCUGUCCACGUGGAACCCAACUUUGUAGCAGUGGGGCUUUAUCACCUGGCUGUGGGAAUGAAUAAUCGAGCUUGGUUUUAUGUCCUUGAAGAGAACGCUGUUAAAAAAUUAAAAGAUAUGGAAUAUCUGGGGACAGUAGCCAGCAUUUGCCUUCAUUCUGACUAUGCAGCUGCACUUUUUGAAGGCAAAGUGCAGUUGCACUUGAUAGAAAGUGAAAUGUUGGAUGCGCAAGAAGAACGUGAGACUCGACUCUUCCCGGCAGUGGAUGAUAAGUGCCGUAUUUUAUGUCAUGCCUUAACUAGUGAUUUCCUCAUCUAUGGCACAGAUACUGGUGUCAUUCAGUAUUUCUACAUUGAAGACUGGCAAUUCGUGAAUGAUUAUCGACACCCUGUCGGUGUGAAAAAGAUUUUUCCUGACCCAAAUGGGACCAGAUUAGUCUUCAUUGAUGAAAAAAGUGAGGGAUUUGUCUACUGUCCUGUUAAGGAUGCUACCUAUGAGAUUCCAGAUUUUCCACCAACCAUUAAAGGUGUUCUUUGGGAAAACUGGCCAAUGGAUAAAGGUGUGUUUAUUGCCUAUGAUGACGAUAAGGUGUACACUUAUGUCUUUCACAAGGACACUAUACAAGGAUCCAAGGUCAUGUUGGCUGGCGGCACCAAAGUUCCCUUCUCUCACAAACCUUUGCUGUUAUAUAAUGGAGAGUUGACCUGCCAGACCCAGAGUGGAAAAAUCAACAACAUCUACCUUAGCACCCACAGCUUCCUCAAAAGUUUAAAAGACGUGGGGCCUAAUGAACGGAGGCAGAUGCUGACACAGACUUUAAUGCUAAAAAGGUUUCCUGAUGCUUGGGAAGUCUGCAAGAUUCUGAAUGAUCAUGCCGCCUGGAAUGAGUUGGCCCGAGCUUGUCUAUACCACAUGGAAGUAGAGUUUGCCAUCCGCGUGUAUCGGACAAUCGGAAACGUUGGCAUGGUCAUGUCCUUGGAACAGAUAAAGGGAAUAGAGGACUGUAAUCUCUUGGCAGGACACCUUGCCAUGUUUACUAGUGAUUUCAACCUGGCUCAGGACCUGUACUUGGCAUCCAGCUGCCCCGUGGCCGCCCUGGAGAUGAGAAGGGAUUUACAGCACUGGGACAGUGCUCUACAGCUGGCAAAGCGUUUAGCCCCAGACCAGAUACCAUUUAUAUCAAAAGAAUAUGCUAUUCAGCUUGAAUUCGCGGGUGAUUAUGUAAAUGCAUUGGCUCAUUAUGAGAAAGGAAUAACAGGUGAUAAUAAGGAGCAUGAUGAGGUGUGUCUGGCCGGCAUCGCCCAGAUGUCCAUAAGAAUGGGAGACAUCCGCCGAGGGGUUAGCCAGGCGCUCAAGCAUCCCAGCAGGGUCCUUAAAAGAGACUGUGGUGCCAUCCUGGAGAAUAUGAAGCAAUUUUCAGAAGCAGCUCAGCUGUAUGAAAAAGGUCUCUACUAUGACAAAGCAGCAUCUGUUUACAUCCGCUGUAAGAAUUGGGCAAAAGUUGGUGAGCUUCUGCCUCACGUGUCUUCUCCAAAGAUUCACUUGCAGUUUGCCAAAGCUAAGGAAGCAGAUGGAAGAUACAAAGAAGCUGUUGUGGCUUAUGAGAAUGCAAAGCAGUGGAACAGUGUAAUUCGCAUCUACCUGGAUCACCUCAACAAUCCCGAAAAGGCUGUCAGGAUUGUCAGAGAAACCCAGUCCCUGGAUGGAGCCAAAAUGGUAGCCAGGUUUUUUCUCCAGCUAGGUGACUAUGGGUCUGCCAUCCAGUUUCUUGUCAUGUCCAAAUGUAAUAAUGAAGCUUUCACUCUGGCUCAGCAACACAACAAAAUGGAAAUCUAUGUGGAUGUUAUUGGUUCUGGAGACACUACUAAUGAGGACUAUCAAAGCAUUGCCUUAUAUUUUGAAGGAGAAAAAAGACAUUUUCAGGCUGGAAAAUUCUUCUUGCUAUGUGGCCAGUAUGCACGAGCACUUAAACAUUUCUUGAAAUGUCCAAACUCAGAAGAUAAUGCUGCAUUAGAAAUGGCAAUUGAAACUGUUGGUCAAGCCAAGGAUGACGUGCUGACCAGUCAGCUGAUAGACCACCUUAUGGGGGAGAGUGAUGGCAUGCCGAAGGAUGCCAAGUACCUGUUCCGCUUGUACAUGGCGCUGAAGCAGUACCGAGAGGCCGCGCGCACCGCCAUCAUCAUCGCCAGGGAAGAGCAGUCUGCAGGGAACUAUCGGAACGCACAUGAUGUUCUCUUCAGCAUGUACGCGGAACUGAAAGCCCAGAAGAUCAAGAUCCCCUCCGAGAUGGCCACCAACCUCAUGAUUCUGCACAGUUACAUCCUGGUGAAGAUUCAUGUUAAAAAUGGAGAUCAUAUGAAAGGGGCGCGUAUGCUUAUCCGGGUGGCCAACAAUAUCAGCAAAUUUCCGUCACACAUCGUGCCCAUCCUGACGUCCACUGUCAUCGAGUGUCACAGGGCUGGCCUGAAGAACUCUGCCUUCAGCUUUGCAGCCACGUUGAUGCGGCCCGAGUACCGCAACAAGAUAGAUGCCAAAUACAAAAAGAAGAUUGAGGCAAUGGUCAGGAGACCUGAUACAUCGGAGACAGAAGAGGCCACCACCCCGUGCCCAUUCUGCGAAUUUCUUCUCCCAGAGUACGAACUCCUCUGUCCUGGAUGUAAAAAUAACAUCCCAUAUUGCAUCGCAACAGGUCGACACAUGCUGAAGGAUGACUGGACGGUGUGUCCACACUGUGACUUCCCUGCUUUGUACUCAGAAUUCAAGAGAAUGUUAAACACUGAGAGAACAUGUCCUAUGUGUUCAGAAAGAUUAAACUUGGCUCAACUGAAGAAAAUCUCAGACUACACCCAGUACCUGCAGACAGAAGUGGAGCAGUGAUUGGCACGUGCAGGUACAAUGUUCCUGAGAAAAUAGCAUUUUUCCACAGGAGACUGUGUUCCUACCCCUGGCAGGUUUUAGAGAUGGUCCUUCCUGGAUAUAGGAGGAAAAAAAGGUCACCUCUCCAGGUCACUAUUUUCGCCUUCUAUAAAGUGGCACAACAGUAAUAUGUAACAUGCUGUUUAUUAUACUUUGUAUAUUUCUCCUCCUGAGUCUUACAUAGUCUAAGCUCUGCACUGGUAAUGGUAACCUAUGACAUAACUGUAAAUAUUCAGCUUUUUGAUAUCUUUUAUAUUUUAAAAUACUUCCUUUAAAAUAAACUUAUUGUUUAGAUAUUUGUGAUGUUUUCCUGGAUUUAAAGACAGAAAAUAUGUUUUGAAGCAAUAUUGUGAAGCAGCAGCACAGAUGUUGGUGUUAAAAAGUUUGAAGUAAGAGACUUGCACAAAGCAGGGCUAUCUCACAAAAUCAGUCCUAGAAUAAAAACAUCAAAAAUUGGUAAAA